ACCAAUGAGCGCGCAGCAUUCUCCGGCCGUUGAACAGCAAUGGCGGAGACAAUGAAGCUAAGUGGAAACCACGCUCCUCCCAGUGAAUGCAGCAAGAUGUCCAGCUACAGGGGCUGCGUGGAAAUGAUACUGAAGCUGCUAGCAGACUUCGGAAAAGAGCUCAAAUUAGGUGAUGCUACUUUGAGAAUAGAAAUCAACCCCAGUGCUGUGAACCUUCAAUCUUCUCUAGCUGCUCAUGUCUGCAGCUCUUUGCAGGAGCAUAUCACUAAAUUACAGGCUGUUUCAGAAAAUCUAAAGACACUAGUGGAUGCUGACGUCGAAGCAUCAUCUACAAAAGACAACACAUCAGAUGAUGCCGUCACCUCAUCCUCAGUGAAAGAACAGACACCUGUGUCAUAUGAGCGGCAUCCCCUCGUCCCAGAGUCUGCGGAGAGCGAGACAGCGGCUGAUGACGUCAUGGUUCAGAUCCGAGCCAGGAAGUCAGAGGCUGUUUCAGAAAAUCUAAAGACACUAGUGGAUGCUGACGUCGAAGCAUCAUCUACAAAAGACAACACAUCAGAUGAUGCCGUCACCUCAUCCUCAGUGAAAGAACAGACACCUGUGUCAUAUGAGCGGCAUCCCCUCGUCCCAGAGUCUGCGGAGAGCGAGACAGCGGCUGAUGACGUCAUGGUUCAGAUCCGAGCCAGGAAGUCAGAGAUUGAGCGAAGAAUAUCUGCAUUUAUGGAACGCAAGCAGAUGGAGAUCAAUGAAAACAAUGUACGCGAGUUUUGCAACGUGAUCGACUGCAAUCAGGAAAACAGCUGUGCCCGAACAGAUGCAGUUUUCACUCCUUAUCCAGGUUUUAAAAGCCACGUAAAAGUCACACGGGUGGUUAAUACAUACGGGCCCCAGACUCGUGGUGGGGGAGGUCAAGGAGAGCCUGGGGAGCAGCAGAGGGGGCCGAUGGCAAGGGACUGUGGAAAUGCAGCCAUAGAAGAACGGCUUCACAACAUCGAGACUCACCUAAAGCUUCCGACAGUGGGUCCCGUCCCAUUAAGUGUCUACCAGAGACUCAAGAAGCUGGAGGAUCGUAUCCUGGAGUUGGAGGGACUUUCACCCGAGUACUUUCAGUCCUCGAUUCACCAGCACAAGCGACUAAAGACAUCCCCGGCUCAGGCCUGCAGUCUGACAGAGCUGGAUGAGAAGAUCAGUGCAGUGAAAGCGGCACUGCUGAAGAGGGUGACUGAAUAUGGGCCUGGAUAUGGAACAGAUUGUCCACUGUGAUACACAAACCAAUGCUCCAAACACACAUAUGUGUCAGCUGUUUUUUUCUACUUGUCACGGACUCAUCAACACCAUUCUUACCACUUAUGCCGCUAAAAACGAAACAAAAACUUAAUAUCAUUGUAAUUUGAUGGUGCUGAGACACCUUUUGAUAUUAAAAUGUGUAUGUAAAAAUAUAUUUCUCCAAGUAGGUAUAUAGUUAAAUGAAAUACUGUUCUGUAUAUAAAGAUAAUUUCUCUGUCGUGAAAACUUGGAUUCAUAAUUUAUUCACAACCUUUAGUGUACUAAAUGUUAAAUAUCAUGUUCUUGGUAAAAACUAAGACUCAUUUGUAUUAGUCUUGUAUCAGUAAUAAUCUCCUGAUUAUUUUCUCUAUUAAUCAUUUGGCCAAUAAAAUAUCAGCAAAUGG